UUGUGAACUAUUAUUAUUAUUGUUACUCCUCACUGCUAUUGCUGUACUCUCUCUCUCUAACAAAUGAACAAUGCCCUAGAUCUUUCUCUAUCUCCACUCUCUUUCUCUACAUGUCCUAGUUUUCUCUUUCUAGGGUUUUCACUUUCUAGUUUCCAUAUCACACCACUCUUUUUCCUUUCUUAUUUUUUUUUUCUCUUCAACUUAUUUGUUGAGUGAAUGUGUUAUUUUCUAGUUUAUUUUUUUUGGUUAGAUUUUUUAUGGAUUUAUGGAUUUGUUGGAUGAGAAAUUGUGAAUUUUGGUUGGUUUUUCAUUGCAAAAUAGCAAGCAUUUUAAAGGGUUUUACUUUGAAGUGGUGAUUCUUGAUUAUUUCAUUGCAAAACAAUAAUAAGAAGAAGAAGAUAAGGUUUUGUUGGGUGCUUUUGGAAUUUUCAGUUACUGGAUUUGGUAGAAUGUGCAGCCAUUACUGAGAUUUUCUCCAUAAUUUUGGAGUUUCUAGUGAUUUCUUGUUGUAAAGUUAUAAUCUUUGAAGUAGUUAUUGUUAAAUGUUAUGUUCAUUUGGCUGCAAAAAUGGGAUUGUUAGAAUUUUGAGUUAUAUUUAUAUAGCUUAGAUUCCUUCCUUUAUCUUUUAAAGGAAUAUUCUUUGGUUGUGUUUGAUGCAAAUGGGGAAAGGAAGAACAUAAUUGUAAAGAAAAGAUGAGAAAUUUUAUUUGUAAGUAUUGGUUUUGAAGAAGGGUGGCGUAGAAGUAGUUUAUGUGUAUAAUGGGUUGCGUUUGUUGUAAACCCUCUGCGAUUGAGGAUAGCAAAGACAGCCCAGGAGAGAGGCUUUCUAGUAAGGCCUCAUCAGACUUGCGAGUAUCAAGGGCCACCUCUUCAAGGAGGGAGGAAGCAUACAGAGUGAAAGAUCGAUAUGAUAGUAAUGAUGGAAGAGCAAUGUUGAUUGAUAAGCACUCAAAUGGUUCAGUUAGAUUACAUGGAGGUGAAAAUGCUGAUAGGAAAAGGGAGAAGAUGGAAUAUGCUGUUGCUCAACCUCAUCCAGGAAAGGGUACUGUACCAAAAGCAAUUGAAGGGGAACAGGUUGCAGCAGGGUGGCCUUCUUGGCUAGCUGGAGUGGCUGCAGAAGCAAUCAAGGGAUGGCUUCCACGACGUGCAGAUUCUUUUGAGAAGCUGGAUAAAAUUGGUCAGGGAACUUAUAGUAAUGUCUAUAGAGCUCGUGACCUUGAUCAGAAGAAGAUUGUUGCUUUGAAGAAAGUAAGGUUUGACAACCUGGAACCUGAAAGUGUUCGGUUUAUGGCCAGGGAAAUCCACAUUUUGCGUAGGCUUGACCAUCCUAAUGUGAUAAAACUAGAAGGUCUAGUUACAUCGAGGAUGUCUUGCAGUUUGUACCUUGUAUUUGAAUACAUGGAGCAUGACUUGGCUGGGCUUGCUUCACACCCUGGACUGAAGUUUACAGAGCCACAGGUACUUGUACAAGCUUUAUCCUCAGGAAUUAUGUCUAUUGUAGGCCUGUUUUUCCAUAUUCUGGCUAUAUGGUCUAAUUUAUGUAUUUGUUGCCAGGUGAAAUGUUACAUGCAACAGCUUUUGCAGGGGCUUGAUCAUUGUCAUAGCCGUGGUGUUCUACACCGAGACAUAAAAGGCUCUAACUUAUUAAUUGACAAUAAUGGUAUCUUAAAAAUUGCAGAUUUCGGUCUAGCAAGUUUUUAUGAUCCAACAUAUAUUCAACCGCUCACAAGCCGAGUUGUAACUCUUUGGUACCGUCCUCCGGAGCUUCUUCUUGGAGCCACUUACUAUGGGACUGCUGUUGAUUUAUGGAGUACGGGUUGCAUACUUGCUGAACUAUAUGCUGGCAAGCCUAUUAUGCCUGGAAGAACUGAGGUGGAGCAGCUGCAUAAAAUUUUCAAGCUCUGUGGCUCACCUUCUGAGGAUUACUGGCGGAAAUCGAAAUUGCCUCAUGCCACAAUCUUUAAGCCUCAACAGCCUUAUAGACGCUGUGUUGCAGAAACAUUUAAGGAAUUCCCUGCACCAGCUUUAGCACUUAUGGAGACUCUACUAGCUAUUGACCCUGCAGAUCGUGGAACUGCAGCUUCUGCUCUGAAGAGUGAGUUCUUUGCAACAAAACCACUUCCAUGUGAUCCUUCAAGCCUGCCUAAGUAUCCUCCCAGCAAAGAGUUUGAUGCAAAAAUGCGGGAUGAGGAAGCGAGAAGACAAGGACCAGGAGGAAGCAGGGGCCAGAGACCUGAUAUUGAAAGAAGAGGGACAAGAGAAUCUCGAGCAAUCCCGGCUCCUGAUGCCAAUGCGGAGUUAGUCUUAUCGAUGCAGAAAAGACAAGGUCAAUCCAAUUCUAAGAGCCGGAGUGAGAAAUUUAAUCCUCAUCCAGAAGAAGUUGCUUCUGGCUUUCCCAUCGACCCACCUAGACCAUCGCAAGUAGAAUCAGGUGUAGAUCCACAAGGGCACCAACAUAAGAGAGCUUCCCAUUCUGGAUCUUUGGUUCACCGAGCUGCCUGGGCAAAGGCUGGUAGAAACCCAGAUGAUGCUCCAAAGGUUUCUACAGGGGCUGACUUGUCAACAGUGUCAGGUUUAGUAGCGGCACGGAGAAGUUUAUUAUCUGAAGAUCGAAGAGAAAGAUCUGGCUCAUCACAGCCUGAAGUUCCAAAACUAAUGUCAAGAUUUCCAGGUUCCUUCAAGGAAGUCUCAGAAUCUUUUGUGCACCAGGACCAAAAACUUCAGGGUGUUGCAAGUUCUCACCAAAAAGAUGGAAGAAUCAGCAAUAAUGAUCCAGUCCUUGUUGGGUAUGGGUCAAAAGGUCACAAAAUCCAUUAUUCUGGUCCAUUGCUUGUUCCACCAGGGAACGUGGAUCAGAUGUUGAAGGAUCACGAUCGGCAGAUCCAAGAAGCAGUUCGACGAGCUCGCAUAGACAAGGCAAAGGUCAGAAAGGUUCAGGUCGAGGGGAACCAACAACUAUCAACGAAUUCAAUAUUUGUUUCCGGUCGCUGAGCCCCGACUGAGCAUUAAUGUCAGGAAGAUCACUGCAGAAUAAGUUGACUGGUGGUUUUCUCAUGUUAAAUAUUGAAGGUUAAGUUGUUGGGUAGGGGGUUCCUUCUUUUUUUUUUUUUUUUUUUUUUUUUUGUAUAGGGGUUGUUCUUGGGAAAAGGUUAGCUAGAAGCCAUAUUAUAGCUGCUGAUUGAUAAAAUCUCUUGCCCCUUGUCUCUGUCUGCAGAUUAUAAUGUGUAUUUACUUGUCAUUCUGGGACUGCAACUAUCUAUGGGCCAUUCUUGUAGAGCAAUUUUAUUAGUCAUACGCUGUAGAGUAAUGACAUUAUUAUUAUUAUUAUUUUUUUUAA